AUGGCCAUGGGCUCCAAGUGGCUCACUUUCAGAGACACCUGGAAUUUCAUUCAAGGAAUCCAUGUGAUCUACAACACCGGUACUCCGACUAACAACGGUGAAAAACUUAUUUCGCAUGACCCCAUUACUGCCGAGACAGACAGGAUCUUUGCACCAACCCUUUCGGUGUCGCGCUUCGCACCCCCCUUGUGUCAAGUUCAAGGUAUUGUCGCGUUGAGUUUCGAAUGUUACUCAAUCCCCAUGCUAGUGAAGUUGUUCCUGUCGAGCAGGAUAAAGGUGGGACAUGCGGCUGUGGCUGAAGGCGUAUUACCCUUAACCGAGUACCGCAACACUUUGCCUCAGAAUGGCGAAAAAGCGUUUUUCAAAACGCCCGAUUUGAACUUGCCUCACCCAGACGAAAGCCCACUCGAGUCCCUCUGUUCCUUGCCGCCAACAGAAUCGUUCCGUGUCGAAGGCUCAGAUUCGGUCUUACUGGGAAAAGAAGCAACGUUGCAGAGUUCAUCCUCAAUCACUCAACACUCAGCUAGUUCUGUCAAGCGCAAACCCAGCACUCUAGAUACCAACCUUGCAGCAAAUGAAGCGCGCUUAGUGGUGAAGAAACGGAGGGUCAUCUCAAAGGACAAAAAAGAAGACUGGCCUCGCGAUAAUGAGAAAAUCGUCAACCAAGGUUCUACCUCAACUUACUCCGGAUCUCACAAGUUGAACAUACAUCGUACACCAAUUGAAAACUUGAAAUAUAAACUGAGUCCGCAAAAUACAAAUAGCUUUGUACUAGAGUCAAGCCAAGAUGCAUAUCAAAUAAUUAAUGUUCAUGACUGGAAUUUCCUCAAAAAGGUCCCGCACAAGGAAAGCAACAGUGAUCUGGAGGACUACCAAAAAACGAAAACGGAUUGUAUGUUUGAGUUUAUUGAAGAUUUAAAUACCAAGGAAGGAUAUAGUAAAAGAGACAAAAUAAUGAGUAAUACGGCAGGAAAAAAAGCAGCCGUCAUUCUCAAGAUGUACAACCAAUGCAAGGAACGUUUUGCCUACCCAUCCGAAAUGACCAGAAAUGAAAGACAAAGAAUCGUUUUGAGGAACAUACUCUGGAUUUCAAGAGAAAAAAUCGGUCUUCGAAAAUUCAAAAACUCCUUAGAGGAAAUUUCAAAAGGAUUGGAAAAAGGUCUGAAAGCGAGAAUGGGAAAUUCAUCAAAACGAAUACUACGAUUUAAAUCCAAAAAAUCACUGAUAGUCGAAUAUGUAGGAAAGAUAAACAUAAUUGCAACAGGCUUGACUGUAUUAUAUCUUGCGUUAUUCCAGGAACAUGAAGAAGGAAAGUUAACAAAGGAAUUCAUUCAAGGUGUAGUGGAUUUUCUGAAGGGUCUCUGGACGGAGAUUGAUAAAGGCGAGAACGAAGAUCUUCAAAAAAGAAUUUUCGCUCAAAACUUGCAUCGUCUAUUGAGUUUAGAAGAUAACCAUCUCGAUUUUAGUCAUAAGAACAUGCCACAAAACAUAAUGUCAGUUUCUCGAAAUUUUGCCGAGUAUUGGAUAGAAACAAGAUAUCCAAAGUUAGAAAUUUUGGGGAAGAAGGACUAUCGUGAACCAAUGGCUGAAAUAAUCAACAAAAUAAUUUUUUUCUCUGAUUAUGAGUAA